UUAUGUCUGGGAUGUUUACAAUCUGCCCACCUGAACAUGGCUGGUCAAAAAACUCACUCAUUACAGUUAGAGCUCGAAAAGUAAGAAGAAUAGCUUUUACUUCACUCAUACUCGUUUAAAGACAGUCAAGGGGACUCUAGCGAUAUAACUACAUUUUCCACUUGCCGUUUGUGUGUUUGGUUUUUUUAUUUUUUAUCAGUCUUUCUGUGAGUGUUGAGGUUUAAGCUUGCUAGCUGGAUAUCUUCUCCAUAGAGAACGAUGAGUUCUGCAGCUAGCAAUAGCUGCCUUGCUGCUAAAGGGCUGGACAUAAGUCUGUCUGCCCUGCAGAGACAAGACCCUUACAUAAACAACAUUGUGGACGUGGCCAGCCAAGUAGCCCUGUAUACUUAUAAUAACCGAGCAAAUGAGUGGGAGAAGACAGAAGUGGAGGGCACUUUGUUUAUUUACACAAGAUUGGCAUCUCCUAGGCAUGGCUUCACAAUAAUGAACCGUCUUAAUAUGGAGAAUCUGACAGAGCCCAUCACAAAAGACUUGGACUUCCAGCUGCAGGACCCUUUCCUUCUUUACCGUAAUGCACGACUUUUUAUUCAUGGGAUCUGGUUCUACGAUAAGCAGGACUGUCAGCGAAUUGCACAAAGGAUGAGGAUUCUGACCCAGCAGGAGCAGAUCCUCGCUCAGUCUCAGGGUGGUUCCUUAUCCCCUAGAGCAGCAGCAGCAGGAGGAGGUGUCUUAGUCGGAGGAAAUAACGAGGCUAAAGCGGUCGACAUCAUUCAGAUGUUGACCAAGGCACGAACAGAGUAUGAUAAGUCUACCUCAGAGCCAAAGGAGAUUGGGGGCAGCAGUGUACUGUGUGGAAAUCCUAAUCUGAUCAAACCAAUACCAGUUAAACCAAACACUCAGGUCAAUGAAGGAGCAGACACCACGGUUGUGACCUUAACCACCCUGUUAGGCUCUCAGCAUCAGCACCACCACCCUCUUAAAUCUGACCCAGUUCCUCCUCUGGCUGCUUCCACGGCAGCAGGAAAGGUCGCCCGCCCACCUGUCGCCCGCACACUGACCUAUGAGGAUUCACUAAACUCUGGCAGAAACGUCGCCACCUCCGGAGGUGGAGACCCAGCAGUUGGGCCGGCGGACAGGGAAGAGAGCGGGAACGCUCUCCGCCAACUGCCAAACCAACUUCAGCACUGUCCAGCCAUUGCAAAGCUCAUGCAGGGACAGAGGGGGGCGGCAGCAGCUGGGGGCGUGCUUCAGACACUGUCCGAGUCCCCAGAGAACCGGCUGUGUGACAACGGGGUGCCGCUAGAACACCACCACCACCAUCAUCCCCUCCAUCACCAACAUCAGCACCCCCACCUCCAUCACCACCACCAGGAGCAGCAGCACGACCCAAUAAAGCGCCUCCUGCAAAACCAUCCACCCCCUCUACUCGCCACUUCUUUCACUGCUGCGGCUCCUCUGGUGCUGCAGCAGAACCCUUAUCCCGCCUCUCAGCCUGGCCAACUGGAUUCUGUGUCACGUUCCCACCUCGAAGCACAACAAGGUCAGCAGCUCCUCCUCGGCCUGACGAAGUUACAGGCAGAGAUACAGAAGAGAGGGCCGACGGAUUCUGCUGCCAUGGGAACAGGUUUGUCAUCCCAGAUGCAGGGUGUGGUUUCUCCUCAUGAGCUCCUGCAAAAACUCCAGCUGGUCCAGCAGGAACAGAGCUUGACUUCCCACGAACAUCCUCGACUCCAUCCGCAUCCAGGAUUGGCACCUCGAUUCCUGGGGCCCAGUGCGAGUCAAAGCCAACGCUCAUCUUUAGGCACAGGCCCAACCCAGACUUCAGUUGCCCCAGAUCAAAAAGCUGAGCUGCAGUUUCAGAUCAUCUCCCCACAGCGGAUACCUGCCACAGUGGCCCCCAUCCUGCUCCUCUCUCCCAGUGUGUUCACUCAGACGAAGUCCAGCAGCAGGCUACCAGUGGCUGCUCCAGAAAGCAGCUCUGUACCCUCAACCUUAUGCAAACCUUCACUGCAGGAGGAGGCCAGAGCUCUUUCUAGAAGCCAGCUUCAAGCAGCACUGCUGCACCUGAUUCAGACUGACAGCUCAUUCCUGGACUCCAUCUAUAAAGCGUACGUCAGCCGCUUCGCUAACAGCUCCGGCAGCAAGUACUGAUGACUCUUCACACCCACUGUCUGUCUGCACACACUUCCUGUCCAAGGGCUGAAUCUGAUGUUUAGUGAACCACUUCCUCCAAAUCUCACUUACUGUAUUUAAUCUCAACAGUCCAACUCACUUAGACCAAUCUUUUAAAAGAUAAGUACAGGAAUAGAAAUGCUAAAUAUUUUUGCUUUUAGCAGUAAAAUACACUUUUUCAGUCUAAAUUACAAAAGUUGGCUACAUUAUAUUGACAAUAAUAAGAACACACUGCUCCUUAACUGUUUUAAAAAAAAUUAUAAUGACAACUACAAAUUAUAUUCUGCACAGUUUAUUCAGGUCUUGCAUAACAAUAUAACACUCUUUUAGCAAAUGUCAUCAUCGACCAACAGGCUUUAAACUUGGACUUUGAUUUGGUUUUCUUUAUAGAAUCCAAUUGCAGCAAAUAUGUCAACAUUAUAAAAAACGUGAUUAAAUUAGGCAUGUGACAUUUCAACGGCAUAUAUCUGAGGGCUUUUUUUUUCAAAUUGUGUUCAGGUUUGUAGUUCACAACCGUUCCUUUCAAAUGGUUGGAACUGAAAAAUAAUUAUGAAAAUGUGAAA